AUGGACCUUAAUCAUGGCUUUGUCAUCUGGACUCUUAUAGUUAGUACACGUGAAGGGGUGAAGACCGUUCAUCCUGAAUGUUCUAUAGUAUUGCAUCUGCAAAAGAAUGAAGCUGAAUGUCAGCUCAAAAUCGCAGGUUUAACGCAGUCUUUGUUAAACUUUAACGCUACUGAUACAGGUUGUCUGGUUGAGUGGGAUGGAGUGAACUGCUGGCCUGCAGUUAGUGUAGGAGAGAGAGUCUCAGUGUCUUGUCCACCUCCUCUCCUGAACUCCCAUGAGCUGAUCACCCGCACCUGCACUACUGAGGGAUGGAGUAGGCUGAGUGUGCCUUAUUACAGCGCCUGCUUUCAGGACAACAGCACAGAUCAGGAAGACACUGGACACAGACGAGAGUACUUUGCCAUGGUGAAGUUGAUAUACACCGUUGGGUACGGCGUGUCCAUUGGUUCUCUCUGUAUUGCGGUCUUCAUCUUCUGCAUCUUUAGAAAGCUUCUGUGUACACGGACCUACAUCCACCUCAACCUCUUCUCCACAUUUAUCCUGAGGGCUUUGGCUGUGUUUGUAAAAGAUGCUGUGUUAUUCGCCGACGAGACAAUCAAUCACUGCACAGUCUCCACUGUUUUGUGCAAGGCUGUGGUGACGUUCUUCCAGUACUGUGUGUUAUCAAAUUUCUACUGGCUGCUCGUUGAGGGACUUUAUCUCCAGACACUGCUAGUUUUCACCUUCGCCCGCAAGGGAACAUUCUUCUGGUGGUAUACUCUUAUUGGCUGGGGGACUCCAUCUGUCACAGUAAUCAUAUGGACAUUCCUCAAGCAGAAAUAUGACAACUAUGGGUGCUGGGAUGACAUGGACAGUGGCUACUGGUGGAUCAUCAAAAUUCCCAUUUUGCUUUCUGUAUUUGUGAACUUUGUAGUGUUUGUUAAUAUAAGCAGGAUGAUAGUUGUGAAGACAAAAACCCCAGAAUCAAAUGGAGGAGAAAGGCGGCUUUACAGGCGACUGGCUAAGUCAACUCUUCUGCUAAUCCCUCUUUUUGGAGUGCAUUACACCGUAUUUGCUCUUUUUCCCGAGCAUGUGGGUCUAGAGGCGAGACUCUUCUUUGAACUUGUGCUAGGUUCCUUCCAGGGUUUCAUUGUGGCAUUGUUAUACUGCUUCAUGAACACUGAGGUCCAGAAUGAAAUAAGAAAAGAGAUUGAGAAAUACAAGUCUCGAACUGACAACAACACUCUCCAAAUGGCAACGCAAGAAUUUACUGCAUAAACUUGAGGACAUUUUAUAACAAACGCACUUCAGCUUGCUCUGUCAUGUUAUGUUGUUAUACCACUGUCAUGAUAACUACGUAAAUGUUUUCACACAUCACAUAUGGUUGUUUUUUUCCGGUCAUGUAAAAGCUCAU